AGACCCAACAACAAAGUGGCCCAUGGAGUCUAAUUGGGAUAUGGGUGAAUUUGCCAUCAGCAGCAUCAACUGGGGACACAACGGAAACUAUACCUGCAGCUAUGCUCUGAGGGAGAGACCUUUUGUGUUCUCAGCACCCAGUGAUCCCCUGGAGCUUCUGGUAUCAGAUCCCAAAUUGACCAGACCUACCAUUUCAAAGAGCCCCACUGGGUCUGUUGCCCUCGGAGGACAAGUCAAGAUCCAGUGUGAAAUUCAAGGUGGACCUGCCAAGUUCUAUCUCCAUAAGGAUGGAGACCCAGCAGCAAAAUGGCCCAUGGAGAAUGACAGGAACGUGGGUGAAUUUUUCAUCAGCAACGUCAACUGGGGGCACCAAGGGAACUAUACCUGCAGCUAUGCAUUUACGACAAGACUUGCUGGGUUCUCAGUCUGCAGUGACCCCCUGGAGCUUUUGAUAUCAGAUGUGGAUUCUGAUCAUUUGCACAGAAUAAUCAUAUGGACAAUCCGUGCCUCGGGCCUUCUCAUCCUGGUUCUCCUGCUGCUGUUCCUGCCCUUCAUAUUGAAUCGUUGUUCUAAACCAAGAAGCUGAAGAAGAUACUGAAGGAAUAGCCCCUUGUGAAGGAAUGAAGCCUGAACCUCCUCUUUUUGUAUAGAGGACUUCUAUAUUGCAAUUGCUUUGCUUACUCCCUAUGUUAAAAAGCUGCGCAGGGGUCAAAAGCUCACAGCUCCUGUUCUAGUUAUAUUUGGAGGGAGAAGACGUGUAAUGGUUUGAUUUUGGAGGGAAGAGGGGAUUUGAUUUGACUGGGUAUGUUUUAAAAGAAUGGGUAGGAACUUGAAUUGUUUUGAUUGGUUUGCUUGAAAAUAUUUGGAGGUAAAAAGAGACUAUAAGGAGGCUGCCUUCAGCAGAGCUUUAGUGCAGGACAAGUUGGAGAGCAGAAAAGUACAAGUGAAGGAGUUGGUUAGAGGAACUGGAAAGAGAGCUGAGAAAUCACUGGGAAAGUUGUGACUCUUUGGAGGACUGAAUUGAAGCAGCUGAAGGAACAGUCUGGGAUUGAACCCCUAGAACUGGAAAGGAAGAGCAGGACCUGAGGCUGAGCAAGAGACAAGCCAGGCCUGCUGAAGAAACUGACUAGGGGUAAUUGCAAGAGGACUCUUGUACAGGAUAAAUUGGAUACAUUUUCUCAUAUUUUAUUUAUUCCUUUACUCAUAUGGUUGCUGAUUUGUACUAAAUUUUCCAAAAUAAUUAUUGUUUUGACUUGAACUACUUUAAAGUAAAGUUUUCUGGUUUUGAAGA